AUGAAGGCGCCCGAAAAGGUUAUCCUACACGGUACGGACGGAAUUCUGCAUCCAGGCGAAAUGCUUCUGGUCCUAGGCCCACCCGGAAGUGGUUGCACCAGCCUACUCAAAAUGCUCUCUGGUCAGACUGAUGGUUUUCGUCGAUGGUCAGGAUCAAUCAACUACAGUGGAAUUCCUCUCUCCACCAUGCAGGAAAGGUUCUCCAGUAUGCUCGCAUUUAAUGAUGCAAGUGACAACCAUUUUCCAUACCUCACUGUGGCCCAAACAUUGGAAUUUGGUGCUAGCACGAAGACGCCCCAUCAGCGUAUCAAUGGAAUAUCUAGGAAGAAAUUCAUUGAGACCACAAGGGAUAUUUUGCUGGCCACAUUCGGAUUGAAACAUGCUGCAAACACCCGUGUCGGCAACGACUUUGUGCGUGGAGUAUCAGGAGGCGAGCGCAGGCGCGUCUCGAUUGCAGAAAUGCUUCUUACAAGGGCUUGCGUCACCUGUUGGGACAAUCCCACGCGUGGAUUAGACUCCUCUACCUCCCUAGAUUUCGCUAAAGCAUUGCGCGUAGCAACAAACCUUACCGACAACGUAUCUGUCUCGGCCCUAUACCAGCCUGGCGACGCUCUUGCAGAGAUCUACGACAAGGUUCUUCUGCUCCACGAAGGCCGGCAAAUAUUCUUCGGAAGCUUGGCCGAUGCAAAAACAGCCUUUAUCGAAAUGGGAUUUGAAUGCACGGCACGCCAGACGAUUGCCGAGUUUCUUGUCUCUGUAACAGAUGCAAAAGCACGAGUUGUACGAGAAGGGUUUGAGACGAGAGUCCCUCGUACGGCAGCGGAAUUUGAAGCCAAGUGGAAAUCCAGUGACGAGUUUCGCCGGCUGCAGGACGAAAUUACAUCCCAUGGCCAGUCAAUGGAAAAACAAAUGGCAACCGAAAUGCAGCGUUUCAAGAAGUCUUUGACAUCAGAAAAGGCCCCUGCAACCCGCCACCGCUCACCAUAUACCCUCAAUCUGGGGAUGCAAUUCAGCACCACCUUUAACAGGGCAGUUCAGCGGAUAAGAGGCGAAUAUGCCUACUUCCUUGCGAUCACCGUAACUAUGCUGGUCAUCCCAAUGGUCAUAGGCUCCAUGUUCUACGACAUCGACCCCGGUACUAGCGGUUUCUUCUCAAAAGGAGGUGUGAUAUUUUUCAUGGUCUUGUUCAACAUCAUCGUCACCUUUGCGGAAGUAGCUGCACAAUUCGCUCAACGACCAAUCGUCGAGAAGCAUCAUUCGUAUGGGAUGUACCAUCCUUUCAUCGAUGCUCUGGCGAACAUGCUUUCGCAGUAUCCCAUCAAGAUUUUCAACAUCCUCUCCUUCACUGUCAUUGUCUAUUUCAUGGCUGGCAUGAAGAGGGAAGCAGGUGCCUUCUUCUUGUUCGUUCUAUUUACUUACCUGACAACUCUCACCAUGACCGCCUGGUUUCGAAUUACGGCGGCUUUGGCAAAUACGGUCGACACGGCACUCGCCUUCGCUGGGUUAUCGGUGUUGCCACUAGCGGUCUAUGCCGGAUACAUCAUCCCAAGACCGUCUAUGCAUCCCUGGUUUAAGUGGAUCUCAUACAUCAAUCCUAUAUAUUACUCCAUCGAGGCGCUAAUGGCCAUUGAAUUUCAUGGCCGCAAAGCGCCUUGUCGGACUCUCGUUCCGUCGGGCCCAGGAUAUGAAAAUGUAGACAGGGCGAACCAGGUCUGUCCGGUCAUAGGAGCCAAACCGGGUGAGGCCUUUGUACUGGGCGAUGACUACCUAGGUCUCGCAUUGGACUAUCACUAUUCUCAUAUUUGGCGCAAUCUUGGUAUCUCCAUUGGCUUUUUCCUCGCAUUUACCGCUAUUUACGCUAUUGUAACGGAAUUCUCCAAGUUGAAAGGCAAGUCGGGUUCGCACACUAUCUUUCGGAAAGGUGCUACACCCGCAAUACGGGUCUCAGGAGUAUCUGACCUAGAAUCUGGACCUUCUGAACCAACGAUCAAAGGCGAGGAUACCAUACCCAAUAAAGAGGUGCCCAAGCUCGCAGCUAGCACUGACGUAUUCUGCUGGAACAACAUCAAAUACGAUGUCAAGAUUAAGGGCCAGACACGGAGAAUCCUCGACGACGUCCAAGGUUUCGUUGAACCGGGGACUCUCACAGCUCUGAUGGGAGCGUCUGGAGCGGGCAAAACAUCAUUGUUGAAUGUUUUGGCUGGGCGCCAGGGAGACAUAGGGGUUGUGACUGGCGAUAUGGAUAUCAAUGGAACACCUCUUGACGCCUCCUUCAAACGACGUACAGGUUAUGUACAGCAACAAGAUGUACAUAUGGCGGAGAUGACGAUCCGCGAAGCAUUCCAGUUUUCCGCACUCUUGCGCCAACCACAGAGUACGCCUGUUUCCGAGAAGCUCGCCUAUGUCGAAGAAAUAAUCUCGCUAUUGGAGUUGGACGAAUACGCAGAAGCCGUGAUCGGCCAUCCUGGAGAAAGUUUGAAUGCUGAGAAACGAAAACGAACGACCAUUGGGAUUGAGCUUGUCGCUCGGCCUUCGCUCUUGUUGUUCGUUGAUGAGCCAACGUCUGGCCUAGACUCCCAGUCCGCUCUUUCUAUCGUCAAAUUGCUGCGAGAUCUUGCCAACGCCGGCCAGGCGAUUCUCUGCACGAUACACCAGCCCUCAGCUACAUUACUAGAGCAAUUUGAUCGACUGCUGCUUUUGGCCAGUGGUGGCAGGACUGUGUAUUUUGGCAAUCUUGGUAAAGACUGCUCGAACGUGAUCGACUACUUUGCCCAAUACGGGGCUCAACGAUGUCCUCAGGACGCGAAUCCUGCCGAAUAUGUCCUCGAACAGAUAGGUGCGGGGGCAUUUGGCAAAGCAUCACUCGAUUGGCCUUCAAUCUGGGCGACAUCAGUCGAAAGGCAAGGAGUGGCAGAGCGCAUCGCAGAGCUCAGAUCCGGAAAAGAGUCUCGGCAAAUCAGCGAUGAAUCAGCCUCUACAGACACAUUUGCAACGACAUGGCUAAACCAAUAUCGUAUCGUCCAAAAACGAUUGUUCAUGCAACAUUGGCGAUCUCCGCCUUACAUCGCUGGAAAACUCUUCAUCAACAUCGUUGGCGGGCUGUUCCUUGCUUUCACCUUUUACAAAGAAUCGAAUACCCUGCAAGGCCUACAGAACAAGACUUUCUUCAUCUUCAACGUCUUACUCCUAUGCCUAGUACUAAUCGUCCUUCUACAGCCGAGACUUGUUGGCCUCCGGGAGAUCUACGACGUACGGGAACGUUAUUCCAACAUGUACCACUGGAGCGUGUUCGUUGCUUCAAACAUCAUUGUUGAAAUCCCCUUCAACUUUGUGAUAGCUUCCGUGUGCUUCCUCUGUUGGUACUUCCCAGUGGGUUGGUGGCAGAAUAUUUCCGACGGUCGAGGUGCAUUCAUGUACUUUGUAUUCCUUCUCUACCAAGUCUACCAUACCACGUUCUCGCAAGCCAUCGCCGUCAUAUCUCCAAACGCCGAAACUGCCGCGAUGAUGACCAUCCUUUUCUACACCUUCAUACUCGCCUUCAGCGGUGUCUUGCAGCCGUUGCAGCAGCUCGUCAACUUCUGGCACUUCGCGUACUACGUCAGCCCUUUCACCUGGCUGGUCUCCGCUCUGAUGUCUGCGGGAGUAAGUGGUGUUCGUGUUCGCUGCGCGCCUGCGGAGAUCAAUAUCUUCCAACCUCCCCAAGGGACCACCUGCGGCGAGUAUGCCGGCACUUUUGCGAAGAUGACCGGUGCCGCAAUCUAUAACCUAGAAGCCUCGAAAGAUUGUCAGUUUUGCCGGUACGAGGUGGCAGACGCGUAUCUUGCAACUGUGAAUAUGGAUUACGGCGAUCGCUGGAGGAAUGUUGGACUUUUGGUUGCUUAUAUCUGCUUCAACGUUUGUGUUUUUACUCUAGGGUUUUAUCUGCACUCUGGACCUGGAUGGAGAGGUUUGCUGUAUAGGCGAAACAGGAAAUAG